UUAAACUAAAUUCAUCACUCUAAAAACCCUAGCUCCCAAAAGGUUUCUCACAUCGCCGACUGAAAUUUCUUCUUCGGUCGCCGAAGUUUCGCCGGGAUUUGAAUCACCGUAAACGUUCUCCGACGAAUUAAAACAUGGCGGGAGGAAAGAUGAAGAAAGACAAGCCUCAACGAGGCUCAUCAGCCGCCGGUGCUGCCUCAAAUCCUCACUUUCAGGGAGGAAUAUCGUUUCACAAGUCGAAAGGUCAGCACAUUCUGAAAAAUCCGUUAUUGGUUGAUUCUAUUGUCCAAAAAGCGGGAAUUAAAUCGACUGAUGUUAUUCUCGAAAUUGGUCCUGGUACUGGUAACCUUACUAAGAAGCUUCUAGAAGCCGGAAAGUCUGUUAUUGCUGUUGAGCUUGAUCCUCGUAUGGUUCUCGAAUUGCAACGAAGGUUUCAGGGAACUCCUUUAUCUAAUCGACUAAAGGUUAUUCAAGGGGAUGUUCUCAAGUGUGAUCUCCCUUACUUCGACAUAUGUGUGGCUAACAUCCCAUAUCAAAUAUCAUCUCCUCUUACCUUCAAAUUAUUGGCUCAUAGGCCUUUAUUCAGAGCUGCAGUAAUAAUGUUUCAGAGAGAAUUUGCUAUGAGGCUUGUUGCUCAACCUGGUGAUCCUCUUUAUUGCCGCCUUUCUGUGAACACCCAGCUAUUGGCCCGAGUAUCACAUUUAUUGAAGGUAGGAAAGAAUAAUUUCAGGCCACCACCAAAGGUUGAUUCUUCUGUAGUUAGAAUUGAGCCUAGGGGACCACUUGCUCCUGUCAAUUUUAAGGAGUGGGAUGGUUUGGUCAGGAUCUGUUUCAACCGGAAAAACAAAACUAUAGGUUCUAUUUUUAGACAAAAGUCCGUGCUCUCCAUACUGGAAAAGAACUAUAGAACUUUGCAAGCAUUACAACUCACCGAGAAAGCUCCGUCAGAUGAUAUGGAAAUGGCUUUGGAUGUAUCUACCUUGGGAGAGACCUUAGGAGACUUGAGUAUGGAUGACGAUGGAAAUGAUGACGACGAUAUGGAGAUGGAUGAUGGUGAUGCUAAAAGAGCAGACUUCAAAGAGAAAGUUUUGGCAGUGCUGAAGGAAGGGAAGUUUGAGGAGAAGAGAUCUUCCAAGCUCGCACAAGCAGAUUUCAUGCAUCUCCUUUCUCUCUUUAACAAAGCUGGAAUUCAUUUUUCUUGAUUCAUAGGGCAGCUAGCCAUACAAGCCAUGCAUGUGUUUCUUCUUUCUCCUCGUGGAGAUCCAAUUUUGUUUCCUUUAUAAUGAUUUUAAAGCUUGAAAUUUGUAGAUAAUUUGCACUUCGAACAUUUCCCGAUAUGGUGGAGAUUUAAAUGAGUAGAAGAUUUUCUCCUUUUAGCCUGCAA